UAGCAAAGACGUGCGGCAGUGGGCGGCGCGGCGGACUUGUAGUUCCGGCGCAUUGCGCAGCACUACACCUGCACCACUUUGUAAUAAAAUGUGAGCUCCUGUCUAUAAAAGGAGAGGACCAACCGAAGACGAUGGUUUCUUCCAUUCGUAGCUGCACGUACUGACCGAACGCCAGUCCCGCCGAUUUUUUUAAAAAGAAAAAUAAUCUCUUGAAAAUUGGAAUUUUUCUACAUUUUCGAAUUCAUCACGCUCAGCUAUUCGGGUCUCCGGCUAUACACAUCUGACAUACACAAAAGAAGGCAGAAACAUGAUUGCUGUAAAAUUGGGCCUGAUCGAUUCGACGUCUUCAUCAUCGAGGACUCACCUGGCCUUGCGUCUCUCGCUGGCUCUACUCAUGAUUACCACUAUGUUAGCUGGUAGUGGUGAUGCUAUCGACCUGAUGAAAUUACUCGAUCAAAAACACCGAAGCUUCAAACGAGCUGGUGAACCGUGUCAUCCGUACGAGCCGUUCAAAUGCCCUGGCGAUGGCGCUUGCAUUUCUAUCCAAUAUCUUUGCGACGGAGCUGCCGACUGUCCCGACGGAUACGACGAAGAUCUACGCCUCUGUACUGCAGCCAAACGACCUCCUGUCGAAGAAACGGCCAGCUUCCUACAAGCUCUAAUCACCAGCCAUGGACCUGACUUCCUGGAGAAACUUUUUGGUGCUAAAGCCCGGAACGCGCUCGCUCCGCUAGGAGGUGUCGAGCGUGUCGCCAUCGCCCUAUCAGAAUCGCAAACCAUCGGUGAUUUCGGGAGCGCACUGCGUCUAAUGCGUUCCGACUUGGAACAUUUGCGGUCGAUUUUCGCUGGCAUCCAAAGUGGCGACAUGACGGCAUUGGCCUCAUUAGGAAUUAAAGACGCCGAGCUGGGUGACGUCAAAUUCUUCCUAGAGAAACUCAUCAAAACUGGAUUUCUCGACUAAAAGGAAAAGGAGGAGAGGGAAACGACAUGGUGCCAUUGGCAGAAAAUAUUCACUAUUGACUGCGUUAAGUGAAGAAAAAAUAAUAAUAAAAAUAAUUCCCAUAAUUCGGCCAGCAGGCAAAUAAGAAAGAAAAAAAAAAGAGAAAAGAUAAAUAACCUCCAUGUAGCACAAAAAAAAAUAAGCAAAUAGCCCUUCUAUAUAAGAAUUAAUGUCUUAAUAUUCCCUUUUUCAUUGUUGGUUAAUUUCAGUAGAACUUUUUCAUUUAAUCGCAAUAGCUUUAAAAACUUUGCUGUAUACAUAGGUUAAAGUUUACAUUUUCUGUGCUAGCGUCUAUGCGCCGGAUGGAUUCUAUGAUCCAAAGUCUUCUCUACAAUUAUCCCACAGACACACACUAGUCGUGUUGACCUGCAUCGAAACGAUUACCAGGAAAAUCACUUUAAUUUACUUUUUUUUCUUUUAAUAAUUCAACGCUGGUUCGCUACUUAAUUGAUUUGCAACAGACAUCUAGCACGGACCUGAUGACGGGAGAGAAAAAUAAGCUCGAUGAAAUGAAAUAUCGAUUAAUUAUAUUUACGCGAAUCAUGUAACCUUCUUCUUUUUCUUCUAUACACACAAUCAUAUGGCUA